AUGACCGGUGACGCGGAGCUGCGCGCAGCGACGGGCAGCAUCUACACGCUCCAGCGCGCGUUCGACUCGAUGGACGCGCUCGCAUCGCUGGACAAGCGCGCGGGCCUCCACAUGAUGAACGUGCCACUCGGCCAGGACGACGACGACGACGACGACCGCGACGUCCUUGCGCACCGCCGGUCCCAUUGGAACCACAAGUGCAGUCUCUCGUUCGUGCAGACCAAGACGUUCAUCCCGUACCGCACCAUGGCCGAGACGCCUCGGUCGGCCAAGCAGCCCGACGUGUUUGUCUUGCACAACGUCCUCGACUACAUAUUUGUCUUCCCGUUCCCGUCGUUUGCUGCGCCGGUCGACGUCAUGCGCUUCAAUAGCACACCCAUCUGCCACGACUUUCGCCUUCCGAUGCUGCCGACGCAGCCCACGAACGUCGUCCUCGCGCUCCUCUCGUCCGACCUUGUGGUCUUGGACCCGCUCCAUGGCCUCGACACAUACUCGCACCACAACCGCGGGGGCCGCAUCUGUGCCAGCCCCGUGACCAGCGUCAAGUGGGUUGGCCAAAGCCACACCGAGUUCGUUGUCGCGCACGAGUCGGGCGACCUCUUCCUGUACGACCACACUUGGAGCGACGAGUCUCUCGCGAGUCUCGUGAGCGAAGAGAGCCCGGACUUUCCGAUUCGCAGUCAGCGCGAAGACCGUGUGAACCCGACGCUGCACUGGAAGGUGUCGAGCUCUGCGAUUUAUGACGUGGCCUUCUCGCCGCACGGCAAGUACCUCGCCAUCGCGGGGCGGGACGGCUCGCUCACUGUCGUGCAGUUUCACUUGCAGCGGAAGAUUGCGCUCAUGAAGAGCGCGUUUGGAGCGCUCACGACGCUUGCGUGGAGCCCCGAUAGCAACUACCUCCUCACGGGCGGGCAAGACGACUGCGUGACGCUCUGGAGUCUCCGCCACAACGCCGCCAUCGUGCGCUGCGAAGGCCACCGCUCCUGGGUCACGCGCGUCGCGUUCGACGAGUGGUUUUGCUCGCCGCAGCACCUUCGCUUCGGCUCCGUCGGCGAAGACGGCAUGCUGAUUCUCUGGGACGUGCCCGUGCCAGGCAACGUCGACGAGACGUCAGGAGUGGCCUGCCGCACCCUCUCGACGCCGACGUUGGCGGCGACGCUCUUUGACGGGCCCGCGACGCACAUUGCGUUUCAAGCGGCUUCGAUUGCGGUCAGCGCACGUGACGGCGCGGUGCGGGUCUUCGCGCGUCCGCCCGACGACUGCUUUCCCGACGACGUCCUCGCUCAAAACAUCCCGUCGUACGACAUCAACUAA